AUGUCAUCGUCUGUUCAUUUCAAAUUCAAGUCCCAGAAAGAACCCUCACGGGUUACUUUCGAUGGCACUGGUAUUUCAGUCUUCGAGCUCAAGCGAGAGAUCAUCAGCCAGAGUAGAUUGGGCGACGGGACUGACUUUGAGCUCUCCAUUUACAACGAAGACACCGGAGAAGAGUACGACGAUGAUACGACCAUUAUCCCUCGAUCAACCUCCGUCAUCGCUCGCCGGUUGCCCGCAGCCCGCCCCGGCAAAGGUGGCGCAGCUCGAUAUGUCUCUGGAAAGAUGCCAGUCAAUGCUCGCAACGCCUCGCGAACCGAACCGUCAACCGCUCGUGUUGCGCCUGGAGCUGCUUAUGCAGUCAACAACAAUGUCCUAGAGCUGAACAAUGCACAGACGGAAGAAGAGAAAAUCAAUGCGCUGUUCAACCUCCAGGCUAGUCAGUGGAAGGAACAGCAGCAAGAGAUGGCCAAUGCGACCCCGGUCCCAUUUGGACGAGGUAGAGGAAAGCCCGUCAAUGUCCCCGAUCACCCACCUCCCCCGGUUACUUGUGCUAUCGCUGUCGGGAAAAAGUCAAGCUUACAAUCAACCACAGGCCAUUGGAUCCAGGCGUGCCCAACUAAUAACGACCCCAAGUUUGACGGCAAAUAUCGGGUCAAGCGGUCCACCGGCAUCCCGCGGUCUCUUCAAACGAAGGUGGAAAAACCGGAAUCGCUGGCUCCCGAUGGUUCGAGUGACGAUUCGAGGAAUACGGGUGUCAUGGUCAAUGCUGAUGGAGAUUUCGUCAUUGCGAAACCGGACAAGGCAGCCUGGGAAUUGUAUCAGGAAAAAGCCAAAGCGUCUGCUGCCGCUGCUGCGGAGGCGGCCGCUGCGGAAGAGAGCAAGGCCCUGCAAGCCCGGGGCCUGGAGUGCCCGAUUGACAAGAGGAUGUUCCUAGAGCCAACGAAAACCCCAUGUUGUCAAAGGACAUAUUGCAAUGACUGUAUCUCAAAUGCCUUGAUUGAAAGUGAUUUCGUCUGCCCCGGAUGUUCCACGGAGGGUGUUCUGCUCGAUAACCUUGUCCCAGAUGAGGAGGCAGUCGCCAAAAUCAAGAUCUACGAGGCCGAAAAGUUGGAGGCUAGGAAAGAGAAGGAGAAGCAAUCUGCUAGCCAGGAUGAGGCCUCGACCAACGGUGCCCCCUAUUCCGAGUCAAAAGAGACUGUACCCAAGGAGCAGUCACCUUCCCACCCAGAGACGGAUGGUGCAUCCACGCAGUCAAGGAAGAGACCCGCCGAAGAUGCACCAACUCCGGACUCGGCUGAUGCCAGCGCCGAGAUUAAGACAAAGAAGCAGCGAAGCGAGAGCCAGCCUGACAAUACACCCAGUACCGAGAACAACAAUAAAGACAGUCUGGCGGCUACAGCUGUUCCUCCAUUCAACCCUCAGUUGCACUUCGGCGGACCCGGCAUGAUGCCGCCCUUUACGGACCCUGGUUUCGGUAAUGAGGCGAUGGGCUUCAUCAACCCGAUGGCUAUGGCUAACGGUUUCCCCAAUCCCAUGGGCCCCGGGUGGAAUCCAAUGAAUAUGCCGUUCAAUCCGCUUCAGGCCGGCAUGUAUGGGGACCAGUCCAAUGGAUUUCCAAAUAUGUUCAAUGGCGAUCCUUCUAUGUCAAUGUUUCCGAUGGCUCAAAUGACAUCAAUGCAGAACAGCGGGUUCCCGGGCACCGGAAUGAACAAUUUUUCCAAUCAGCAACGGACCUCAUUCGGUGGACCUUAUGCACGCGAUGAAGACUCGGCAUAUUUCCGUCAACCGGUGAAUCCCCAGCGCCAUCAGGCCAGGCAUCGACGGGUACGACCCAGCGACUACCGAGAACUUUGA